AUGACCCCGAUGGAACCUAUAGGUGGUGCUAUCGCCAUCGCACAGGCUGUUGUAGGCACCUGCAAAGCCAUCCACAUUUGUGUAACGGCAGUCAAAGACUCGCACGACACGCUGGACCGAUGGAACGUUUCAAUUGACACUCUCCAACACAUCUCGCAGCAGUUCGAAGUUGUCUUACGAGAGAGAAGGGCCAGCCAUCCUACCAGGGAUUCUCUCGAAGGAACGCACUAUGGAGUCAUCAGUGCACAUUUGGAUCGAUUCAACCGUGACCUGAGGAAGCUUGAAAGCAACAUCUUGAGUACCAACCUUUACAAUCGAGCUUCGACUUCAAGGGUCUCGUUGAGAAGCAAGGUCAAACUUGCUUUGACAAUGGAUUGGAGAGAGAACGAGCAACUCCUCAAAUGGAUAGAUCGUCACGUCACCUUUCUUCAAAUCAAUAUAGAUCUCAUAAGAGGCGUGAACGACAAUAACAUGAAUGAUGUUGAGCGGGCCUUGGGGACUGGCCACGCCGAUUGGAAACCUGCUCCUACACCUGAAACUCUUGACGAACCCAGAGUUGAAUUGGACGAUUGGCUGUCUUCUGCAGAGGGCUUCGUCAAGCAUAUUGCCAUUCAAAAGUUAGAUCCCACAGAUGACGCCACCCUUGCACCAAUCGAAGUAGAUUGGGACCUAUUGCAUGACACGGCUGAAAUGAUCUCUUCAAGUUCAGUGAGUCCAGUUGAACAGGAACUACGCCUUCAUGCCACGAUGCAACAAGUCGACCAUUUGGAGGCCUCUAAGAUCCCUGUCAUCGCAUCUAAUGUUCAACUGGAAGUCAUUCGACUGUCUGACGAGCUGAGCAAGGUCAAAGGACUUACACCAACCUUCAAGGAGACAUUCAGGCUCCAGGAAAGAUACGUUAAUCUUCUGCUCAGUUCGAUCGAGAGGCAUCCCGUCUACGGAGUUAGAGCCGAGGUGUACUUGCGUGAGAAUAUCAUACCCAGCCUAGACCAGCACGAUCCUGAUCUUCGCGAGGUUUGGUGGAGUGUAGGACGGAUGUACCACACCAUGGACGAUUGUGACCAAGCAGAAUACUGGCUCCGACGUGCGCUGCUGAGUGGCUACAGUGAACAUGAUAAAGCCACGAAUCACGCUGAGAUUGAACAGAUUUCCAAGAUGAUCUGCAAAAUCUACGAGAGGCAAGGCCGUCCGCAGUUUGCCACUGCUCUUGGAAAAUACCUAGAACACCACCUUGGAUAUGAUCCAACAAAGGUACCUGGUGAUCUCGAAAAAGCUAUUGAAUGGUGCUCGGACAAGGGCUUUAAAGUCCAUACCGAGGGAGAUCAACUGGCAUUCAAUCACCUGAAGAACGAUAAAGGCAGAAGCGUAUUGCAUGAAGCUGCCUUGGAUACCGAGGUGAAAGAUUCCAUCAUCCCACUGUUGUUGAAAGACGAUCUCCUCGCACUCAGAAACCCCAGCGGUGAUACAGCGCUUCUUCUGGCAGUCGGAAAAUCAAACACUGCAGUAGUCAGACACCUCCUCAAGACACCGUCACUGGCUCAUGUUAGAGACCGAGAAGGCCGCACGCCGCUUCACAGGUGUCAGGAUCACAAGACACUGGGUCUACUUCUAGAAGCCCUCAAUGGGUCGACGCAUCAGUCAAGCCUGACGCACGCCGAUCCAGAUAGUCUUGAUGCUUCAUCCCUAAUCGACAUCAAUUCCCAAGAUGCGUAUGGAAAGACAGCUCUGUUCAUAACAUGUGCGCAGGGAAACCCAAGAACAAUGAGAAGGCUCCUCGACGCAGGAGGUGAUGUGAAGAUUGCAGACAAAACGGGAGUUUGCCCCAUCUUAGCCUGCUCGUCGUGCACUGGAAUCUCAUUGGCGAGUCGAGAAGGGAUGAUCCUACGCUUACGUGCCAAGGGUGCAGAUCCGGACCAGCAGGACAUUGAUAGAAACACGGCGAGAAAGGAACUUCGAAGGUUUUACUCGUCGAGCAAGGCAGUGAAUAAGUUCCUGUCUCUCGAUCCUGCAGUGGAGUUGGAGAGGUUGGAGAAGAAGGCUAGGGCGGAGAGGAGAGGGAGUAACGCAACUGCGAGCACGGCGAGAAGCAUUUUUUCUUUGGGACGGGUAUUUAGUUGGGAGACACGGAGCUCAUCAUCGUGA